AUGUUCAAUUGCAAGUAUGCACCAAAAAAUAUUCCCAAAGGUGUGUUCUUAUUACCAUUCAUUCUUCUUGUCAUCGUGGUACUCCUUCCUCUGGUCACAAACUUAAUUCAAUCAUCUUCUAAGAUAUAUGCCACCAACUUGGAAACCAAAGAAACAAGGAGUUGCAACAUAUUUUCUGGAAAUUGGGCUCCUUAUUCUAAAGAACCUUACUACAAUAAUGAAACCUGCCCUUUUAUAUUAGACCAGCUAAAUUGCAUCAAAUCUGGGAGACCAGACACAGGGUUCCUUAAAUUGAGGUGGAAACCCCAUGAUUGUGAGCUUCCAAUGUUCGAUGCUACUCAGUUCCUGAAGCUUGUCCGAGGAAAAUCAAUGGCCUUUGUUGGGGACUCCAUGGGGAGAAAUCAACUGGAGUCCUUGUUGUGCCUCAUAAAUAGUGUUGCACAUCUUGAAGAUAUUACAGCCAGAUACACAUCAUAUGAUGACAUAUUUUUUAGAUGGUGGUUCAGUGCUGAUUACAAUUUCACUGUUGCAACAUUGUGGUCUCCUUUCCUAGUCAAAUUCAUUGAUUCUGAUGUCAGUGGUCGUGCUUUCUACAGCGCCACGAAACUAUAUCUAGAUGAGGCAGAUAGAGCAUGGACCAGCAAAAUUGAGAAUUUUGAUUAUGUGAUUUUCUCAACUGGACAGUGGUUCUUUCGACCAUUAACAUUCUACGAAAAUGGGCAAGUUGUUGGUUGUCAAAAAUGCGGGAACAUGACAGAGCUUAACUACUAUGGAUACAGGAAGGCAUUUCAAACAGCAUUAAGAACAAUAAGAAAUGUUAAAGGGUUCAAGGGGUUGACUUUUUUGGUGACUCACUCUCCAGAACACUUUGAGAAUGGAUUGUGGAAUGAAGGUGGGACAUGUAACAGAACAAAGCCCUUUACCAUUGAAGAAAGAAAAGGAUAUGAACAUGGGGAUAUUGUGGAGGCAUUGUAUCAUAUACAAGUGGAGGAGUUUGCAAUAGCAGAAGAGGAAGCAAGAAAAAAGGGGUUGCACUUUGGUUUGAUAGAUAUAACUAAUGCCAUGGUGAUGAGGCCAGAUGGACACCCCAGUAGACAUAGGCGUGCAGGGGAUAAAAAUGUGACGGUCAAUGACUGCGUUCAUUGGUGCUUGCCAGGUCCUGUUGACACAUGGAAUGAAUUCUUGCUCUAUGUGAUGAAACUGGGAGAAGAAAAGUUGAAGGGUUACACAUUAUGA